AUGGCUAUGGUUUUUGAGGGGGUUCACUGUCAAUGGCUGAAUAGUCAUGCAACUUUCUAUGGAGCCAACCAGAACCCCAGCACCCUUGGAGGAGCAUGUGGUUAUGACAACACCUUCCAUGCUGGUUUUGGGGUGAACACAGCAGCUGUAAGUGGUGCACUCUUUAGAGGUGGUGAAGCAUGUGGGGCUUGCUACCAAGUAAUGUGCAACUAUAGGCUUGAUCCAAAGUGGUGUCUCCGAGGAGCGGUAGUCACCGUCACCGCCACCAACUUCUGCCCUCCGAACAACCACGGAGGGUGGUGUGAUCCGCCUCGCCAGCACUUCGACAUGUCAAUGCCAUCUUUCCUCCGCAUUGCUCGACAAGGCAACGAGGGCAUAGUCCCUGUACUUUAUACAAGGGUGUCAUGCAAAAGGAGAGGGGGUGUUCGGUUCACCUUGAGGGGACAAUCAAACUUCAACAUGGUGAUGAUCUCUAACGUUGGAGGGAGUGGUGACAUUAGGGCUACAUGGAUCAGGGGCUCCAAAACAACAACAUGGUUGCCUAUGCACAGGAACUGGGGUGCAAAUUGGCAGACCAGCGUCGACGUUCGGAGCCAAACACUGUCUUUCAAGCUCAUAUUGGUUGAUGGGAAUACACUUGAAUUCUUCAAUGUUAUUCCUUCUUCCUGGAGAUUUGGACAGACUUUCACUUCUCAGAAUCAGUUUGCAUAG